CACCAUGUAUAUGAUUUCGAACAGAUGGAAUAUAAACGAUACAGAAAAGAUAUACAUCUAAUGCAAUAAAAUCUACAGGGGUGUUCGCCAAUUAUGCUGAACCAGAAACAUAUUUGAUUUGUUUCUGUACGACUCCGUUGUGAAGCCUAGCUCUCUUUAUAAUUCAUGUAAUAUAUGAUUUCCGCGCAUGUAAACUGUAUCUAUAGAAGGAAACAAAUGAAUUACAACUAUAGCGUAAUGGAGGUGAUUUGUGAACGCUGAUGAUAUCAGAGGGAAAUGUCACCAUGAUUUCAAAUAAUACCACUACAAACUCUCCUCCAAGCAAUUCAACAACCUGUCAAGCGGACCCGGUUGAGAAUGCAGAUGACAGUUUUGAGGAGUCUGUUCUGAUUGCUUUCCUCGUCAUUGCCUCCGUGCUGGUUAUAAUAUCUGGUGUUUUAUUACUGCAAAAAAUACGGAGUCUUAAGGUACUCGGAAAAUAUGAGACUGACAUGGUCGUCACAUUCGCUGCCUCUGAAGACGCUUCUGACGACAACCUCCUUCCGAGCAAUGAGAGGAAUGGAAUCGUCAUUUACGAAGAAGAGAUUGGCGAUAACGAUGUAGAAGAGGAAGAUGUAGUAGCUGUGUAUUGUAAUCUACAGUCAUUGAGGGUAUCUGUCGAGGAAUUCUUAAAAGCUUUUCCUGAGAAGAAGGCUUGCAAAGCUCUGGAACAGGAGUUCAAAGAUCUACCAAGUGGUCUGCUGGAGCCGUACACUGAAGCUCUGAAACCAUUAAACAAGUGCAAAAACAGAUACAAGGCCAUUUAUCCCUAUGACCACAGUCGUGUAAUACUGGACCGUACGGAUGACCCACAGAAACCGGAUUACAUCAACGCCUCAUAUAUUGCUGGAUACAAGAAAGAGAAGGCUUACAUUGCAGCACAAGGUCCAUUUACACCAGACACAAUAGAAGACUUCUGGACACUCAUUUGGCAAACGGACUGCACAAGGAUUGUCAUGCUAACCAAUUUAUAUGAGGGAGAAAAGAUGAAAUGUCUAAGAUAUUGGACUGACGAUACGGAAUCAGAGCUCGAUAUUGGUCCGUAUCACAUCACAUUGGAUGCAAUGGAUCAAUAUGAACAUUACACUAUAAGAUAUCUUAUUGUUUCAACGAAAAAUGAGGAAAUCAAGCGAGUCACACAGUUUCACUUCACGACAUGGUCCGAUAACUCCGUUCCAGAGGACUUGGCAUCCUUGAUCUGUUUUCGAAACCUGGUGAGGAAUGGUUUGACGUCAUCUGAUGGACCGAUUGUCGUCCAUUGUAGCGCCGGAAUAGGACGAACUGGCACAUUCAUUGCAUUAGACUUCAUGCUGGAAGAAGGAACGGCAGAGAAUUAUGUAGACGUUAAGUCCUAUAUAGUCUCUCUCAGACAGCAAAGAGGGAAGUGUAUCCAAACAUACGAACAAUACGUUUUUCUCCACGAAGCCCUAGUUGAAGGUUUCCAAAAUUCUCGACAGAAUUGCCUAUCGAUAUUGUGAACUAUUUUCUACAAAGAAGUUUUCCAUAAGUGUGAAUGUGGAGAAUUUACACUGUAUCAUUUAAUAUGCAUUGCUUUUAUAUUAUCACUUGUCUUAUAAUACACUUACCAGUUAAAUCUUUUGAGCACAUAUUUGCUUUUUCUAUCAUACUUCAUGUACUUUUUGUAUGUAAAACAUGUGUUGAAUUUGAAAUAAACGAACAAUACCAAUAUAUCUUUACGGAAAUGGUAUUUGAUAUAAAACUAAAAAUCAAAACUACUUCCCAAAC